AAUUCCCUUUGAACGUUCCCUUGAUCAGUAUUGCCCAUUCAGCAUUUACUGUGGAAAGUUUAAUUCACAAUGGAAUUUCAUCAACAGGUCACCACCAUGAGCUUCAAUGUGGACAUUCCUUUUGUCAGCUGUGCUUGUUAAUAACUGAAGAAUGCAGCACAAUUAUAUGCCCUGAUUGUGAGGUUACUACAACUGUAAAUAUGAAACAGGGCUACUACUCAAUAGAUGGAUGCAUUAAAGAAGACUCUCUAAUGGAAAAACUGCAACCUAAAAUGAUAAAGAAUUUUUCUCAGAACUUUCAGAAGACUGCCGAUCAGGUAACUACUGGUGUAGACUGUUUAACCUCCACACAUAGGACUGUUCUGCACUCAUCAGCGGUGAUGUCAGACACUAAAACUACAGAAGAAAUUGAUGAAGCAUUGAAGAUAGCAGACUAUAAUUUUGAACAAUUAAGUAUCACUGGAAAAAUGCUUGAGCACAUUCAGAAGCAAACAAGAGAGGAGACAGAAAGUGUUAUAGAGAUUGUGGAGAAGCAAUUUGAUCAAGUUUUUGCUUCUCUUGAUUCCAGGAAAAAGAGCCUGUGUGAAGAGCUUAUAAGAAAUACCGACAGUUAUCUAUCAGAUUUAAUAGAGGCUAAAUCCUAUAUUGAAGAGAAAAAAAAUGAUUUGGAUGCAGCUAUGAAGAUAGCAAGAGGGUUAAAAUCAGCUCCUUCUCUGAGAACAUAUUGUGACCUGAAUCAGAUUAUAUGGACUUUGAAGUUAACAUUAGAGAGAGAAUUGUCACAACUUAGUUCUCUAAAACUAAGGAACCCUCCCAGGUUGAAUAUGAAUUGCAGUGAGAUCAUCUGUAUGGUCAACAAUAUGGGAAAGAUUGAAUUUGAGGUCUCAACAAAAUGUUAUCCCCAAGAAAAGGAGAUUGGACAGAAUGUUCAAAGGAAAUAUAAAAAGGAAGAGCUUUCUGGUCAUAGUGUGUGCUCAUCACUAGAAAUGAAGAAGAUUGACAUGUCUGUCCUGACCAGUGAAACACCAUCACCACCUUUGCAACUAGAGACCAACAGUGUGUGCUUAGAAGCAAAAAACUUUCAGUCACAGAAAGAGGUUGUUGCAGCGAUAUCCCCUAAAACCAUUGCUGUGCUGCCUCAAAUGGGAUCUAGCCCUGAUGUGAUAAUUGAAGAAAUUAUUGAAGAAAACCUGGAAAGUUUUGCAGAGCUAGUUUUUGUAAGCCAUGUAAUACAUCCUUGCCACUUCUAUAUUCGGAAGUAUUCACAAAUAAAAGAUGCAACGGUAUUGAAAAAGAAGGUGAAUGCAUUUUGCAACAAGAGUUUACACCUCAAUCCUUCAGACAUCUUGGAGCUAGGUGCAAGAAUAUUUGUCAACAGUAUUGAAAAUGGAAUGUGGUGUCGAGGAACUAUCACUGAAUUAAUUCCAGUACAAAGUAAAAAUAUUAGAAAACUUUGUAGUCCAACCAAAUUCCCAGUCUCUGAAGUCGCACUGAUACAGAUAUUCAUGGUAGAUUUUGGAAAUUCUGAAGUCCUAAUUGUCACAGGAGUUGGUGAAACCCAUGUUAGACCAGAACACUCGGUUGAGCAGCGUGUUACACUCAAUGAUUUAUGUCUGGUUCUAAGGAAGUCUGAACUGUGUGCUGAAGAGCUGCUCAGAGACAUCCCACCACUAGCACAGCCAUGCUCACUGAAAGACAUUGUUCCACAGAACUCAAAUGAAGGCUGGAAAGAGGAAGCUAAAAUGGAAUUUUUGAAAAUGGUAAAUAACAAGGCUGUUUUAAUGAAAGUUUUUGGAGAAGAAGAUGGUGUGCUUAUUGUAGAUCUUCAGAAACCACCAAUAAAUAAAAUAAAUAGUGAUAUGCCUGUGUCUCUAAGAGAUGCAUUAGUUUUUAUUGGACUAGCAAGGUUUAGGUCACAAUCAGCAAGAAGUCACUUUGAAAAAAAUAUGACUUUACAGUACCAUCCACCUAUUUUGCCUAAAGAAAUGACAAAUAUUUCAGUCACAGUUUGUCAUAUAAAUAGUCCUACUGAUUUCUAUCUUCAGUUGAUAGAGGGUCUGGAAUUUUUAUUUAUAUUAAAGACAAUCGAGGAAUUCUAUAAAGGUGAAGAAGGGGGAAAUCUGGAAAUCCUCUGUCCAGUUCAAGAUCAAGCCUGUGUAGCUAAAUUUGAAGAUGGAGUUUGGUAUCGAGCAAAAGUCACUGGAUUGUGUGGACAUCAGGAAGUUGAAGUUAAAUAUGUGGAUUUUGGUAAUACUGCAAAAAUAACACUCAAAGAGCUGCGUAAAAUAACGGAUGAGUUUCUGAAUCCCCCAGAGAAGGCAAUUAAAUGUAAGCUGGCCCAUAUUGAGCCACGUGAAAGGACAAUGCAGUGGUCAAAAGAGGCUAAAGAAAAAUUUGAAGAAAAGACUCAAGAUAAAUUUAUAACAUGUUCGGUUAUCAAAAUUCUGGAAGAUAAUGUGCUCUCAGUUGAACUUUUUGAUUCCUGUGGUGCUCCUGGAAUCACUGCUAUUAGUAUUAAUGACCAGCUAGUCAAAGAGGGCCUAGCAUCUUAUGAAGUCGGAUAUACCCCCAAAGAUCAUUCUAAAAAUAAUAUUGAAGUAUGGGAUCCUUCUCCAGAAGAAAUUAUUUCAUACGAAGUAAACAACUUAACACUUAUGUCUGCAAAAACUGUAUCUAAUGAGAAUUUCCAGACACUUUAUAAUAAGGAACUGCCUGUGCAUAUCUGUAAUGUAAUAUCUCCUGAGAAGAUUUAUGUCCAGUGGUUAUUAACAGAAAACUUACUUAAUAGUUUGGAAGAAAAGAUGAUCGCUGCUUAUGAAAACUCAAAAUGGGAACCUAUUAAGUGGGAAACUGAUAUGCACUGUGCUGUUAAGAUCCGAGAUAAAAAUCAGUGGCGAAGAGGCCAGAUCAUCAAAAUGGUUACAGAUACACUGGUAGAGGUCUUGCUGUAUGAUGUGGGUGUUGAACUAGUAGUGAAUAUUGACUGUUUAAGAGAACUUCAAGAAAAUCUAAAGACAAUGGGAAGACUAUCAUUGGAAUGCUCUCUUGUUGACAUCAGACCAACUGGUGGGAGUGACAAGUGGACAGCAACAGCUUGUGACUGUCUUUCAUUGUACCUGACUGGAGCCAUCGCAUCUGUAAUGAUACAGGAAAACAACACGACGUGGCCACUACCUGUGAAAAUCUUCUGCAGAGAUGAAAAAGGAGAGCGUGUUGAUGUUUCUAAAUAUUUGAUUAAAAAGGGUUUGGCUUUGAGAGAAAGGAGAAUUAAUAAAUUACCCAACAGCCAUUCAUUAUCUGAGAAGUCUCUGGAACAAGAAGUCUCCCUGGAGCAAGAAGAUUCAAUAGAUACUAAGUGUAUUAAAAUGAACUUGAACCCUGACAGAAAAACUGCUGACAUAAUCAGUGAACACAGGGUAUCUGAAUUUAAGGAGAAAAUUCCAGAACCAAGAACCACUGGAUGCUAUAAACCACCAGCUAUUCCUAACACGAAAGUAUUUGAGGCAAUAGUCAGCUGCAUUGGUGAUGAUGGAACUAUAUUUGUAAUACCUAAACUGUCAGAAUCUGAGCUUGUAAAAAUGAUGAAUGAAAUUCAGAGUAAUUUAAAAUGCCUUGGUCUUUUGGAGCCUUAUUUCUGGAAAAAGGGAGAAGCCUGUGCUGUAAGAGGAUCUGACACGCUGUGGUACCGUGGCCGGGUGAUGGAAGUUGGAGGCAGCACCAUCAGGGUUCAAUAUUUAGACCAUGGGUUCACUGAAAAGAUUCCACAGUGCCAUCUUUACCCUGUUUUGCUAUAUCCUGAUACACCCCAGUUUUGUAUUCCUUGCCAACUUUAUAACACCAUACCUGUUGGGAAUGUCUGGCAGCCAGAUGCAGUAGAUGUUCUUCAAGAACUGCUUUCAAAGAGAAAGGUGGAAAUUCACAUUAUGGAAUUACCAGAAAAUCCAUGGGAGAAAUUAUCUGUUCAUCUUUACUUUGAUGGAAUGUCACUUUCUUAUUUUAUGGCACACUAUAAAUACUGUACUUCUGAACAGUCUGAGGAGGUAUUGAAAGAAAAACCAACAACAGAUUACAAUAAAAAGUAUGAAGAGGAACAAUGGGAAAUAAGGUUUGAAGAAUUGCUUUCCUGUGAAGUAGAGACUCCUGUUUUACCACUGUAUUUGUCUUCUUCGCUGCCUCCACCAGGAGAACUCUAUGCUGUUGAAGUUAAGCAUGUCGUCACCCCGGAGGAAGUGUAUAUUUGCCUUGGCUCUGUAGAAUACUGUGAUGAAUAUGCCCAGCAUAGUGACACAGGUGAGAAUGCAGUUGACGGGAAGCCAGAACCUGAGAGCCUCGAUGAUGCCCUGCAGAGGGUUAAUAAAAAUGUAGAGACAUUUCCUCCUCCUAUGGAUUUUCGAGCAGAAAUGCCUUGCCUUGCAGAAUAUGAUGAUGGUUUAUGGUAUAGAGCGAAGAUUGUUUACAUUAAGGAAUUUAAUCCUUUAUCUAUCCUAGUACAAUUUGUUGAUUAUGGAUCAACGGCAAAGGUGACAUUAAAUAGACUGCGUCAAAUUCCUCUUCAUCUUAUGCGGUUUCCAGCCCAAGCCAUAAAGGUUUUCUUGGCAGGGUUUAAACCUUCCUUAAGGGAUUCAGAAGAACCAAAGAUACCUUAUUGUCCCAAAUGGAGCAUGGAGGCAUUGUGGACUAUGAUAGACUGUCUUCAGAGAAAACAGCUUUAUGCUUCUUCCAUGGCUCAGGAACCAGAACAAAUAGUAACUUUAUACGAAGAGGAACAGCAUCCAGUUCACAUGGCGUUAGUAGAAAUGGGGCUCGCAGAGCAAGAUGAACAACUAAGUGUACACAGUGCAGAGCAUCCAUAA